UAUUUUUCCAAUAUUAAUUGAUUUACAGAAGAGACCUACUAAAUAUGGAUGAACAGUUGAAUAACAUUCAAGGUAUAGAUAUCAACAGCCCCGAGUUUUAUGAAAAAGUUCAUGCGGAAAUAGAAUUUGAUACUGCUCGAAUGAAAAAAAAUGUUGAAGUCAUUAUGAAUUUACGCUUGGAAGCUGCAGAAAUAGAGGUAGAAACAGCAGCUUUAUUCCACGCUGAGAUUUGGUACGAUAUGUUAGACAAAGCCGAAGAUAAUCAUGAUUAUGAUGAUCUCUCGGAAAUUGGCGAUAAUGAAACUUGUGAAGGUCAAGAUAUGGAAGAAGAUGCAUCUACCACACCUUAA